AUGUCUGCAGUUCCUCCAGAACCCACGCCAUCGCAGGCACCUCCCACACUGGCAACACCAACGCGCGAACCCGAGCCGACGUCAACCAAGCCAUCCGACUUUCCCAAAGUCAAAUUGCGCCUCGAGCUCCGCGACCUCUCCCACGAGUCUACCGACCUCUUCCUCAAGAACUUCAACAGCGCCAAAGACUUUGCCGACCUCGUCGACGUGGUUUUGAAGCGACUCUACACCUUUCCCAACCAUGACGAUCCCACGACCAGUCUACCCACGCCUUCGACUACAAAGAUCCCUGGCACGCGCUCCGUCACGUUGAUCCUACGCGAUAUGGAUGGCGUUGCCUACACCACUGGCUCCGACAUCGACAACGAUCAUAAAGAGGUCCACCUCUCGCUGUCUUACCUCAACCACGUUGCAUCGGCGAGAGCUGGCUACACUGCCCGUGACGAGAUCCUCGGUGUCGUCUGCCACGAGCUGGUCCACUGUUUCCAGUGGAAUGCCAAAAACACCUGCAACGGAGGCCUCAUCGAAGGUAUUGCCGACUGGGUACGUCUGAAUGCUGGUUUCGUGCCGCCGCACUGGAAGAAAGAGGCUGGCAAGAGUUGGGAUACUGGUUAUCAGAACACUGGUUACUUCCUCGACUGGAUAGAGAAGUCCAGAGGUACGGGCAGUGUAUAUGUCAUCAACCAAGCUUUGUGUCACCAGAAAUACCAUGAGGAUACCUUUUGGAAGGACCUGUUCGGACAAAGCGUUGACGACCUCUGGACCGAGUACACCGAGUCGCUGAAGAAGCCCAAGGACAGCCUUGAUGAUUCAAGUCUGAAGAUGCAGGUCCGUAUCAAGAAAGAGGUGGAAGGUCACAGUUAG